GCGGCGAUGGCGGCCGGGCAUAUCCAACAGAAGGUCCCAGAUCCAGCAGGGAUCCAGCAGAAACUGGAAUCCGAAAAGGAAUCGGUCCGCCGGGCCAUCCAGAAAGAGCUGAAAAUCAAGGAAGGGGCUGAGAAUUUGCGGAAGGUGACCAAAGACAAGAAGAAUUUGGCCCACGUGGAGACGGCCCUGAAGUUGUCCAGCCGGAAGUUGGAGCAGUUGCAUUGCCAGCUCCAAGCGCUCCAAGCACGGAUUGUCACCGGGGAGCGAGAUGGCGGCCAAGCAGGUGCAAACGGAUCGCCCGAUCUCAAGCUUUGGGGGAAAGACCCCAGCCACAUUUCAAAAAGGCUGGAGGCUUUGAAGAAACAGCUUCACAUCGAGAUGAAAGUGAAGCAGGGAGCUGAGAACAUGAUCCAGGUCUAUUCCAGCACAGCAAAGGAGCGGAAACUCCUGGCAGCUGCUCAGCAAACUUUGCAGGACAGCAAGACGAAAAUUGAGCUGAUCCGUAUGGAGAUGCUGAAGCUCUCUCAGGCAACAGGUGCUCCAGGAGUAGCAGGCCCCGUCCCGCUUCUGGAGCUGCGUCUCGAAGAACUGCGGCAUCGUCUGCGGAUUGAAGCGGCCGUGGCCGAGGGAGCCAAAAACGUGGUGAAGAUCCUCGGCGGACGGCGGGUGCAAGACCGGAAGAUGCUGGCAGAGGCUCAAGCCUGCCUGCAGGAAUCCACCCAAAAAAUCGAUCUAUUUCGACUGGCUCUCGAGCACCUUCUGAGCCAACUUUCUCCAGAUCACCCAAAACGGCGGCUGAUCAAGCAAGAGAUAAGGGACACCUUCUCCCUCGGGGCCCCAGAGCCGCCCCCGACUUCGGUCAGGCCCACGGCUCUCACAGGGAGCCUUCAGGUACGUUUGGUGGGCUGUGAAGACCUCUUGGAGAAGAUCUCGGGCCGUUCCCGCGUGGUCACUUCCUUGCCGGUUUCCAUGAGCCCUGGGGACUUCAAGCUCUUGAGUAGGACAUGGGUUGGGGUCAACCUGCCCGGGCAGAGGUCUGCAGGAAAGCUCCUUCACCAGGAGGAACUCAGUAGAGAAGUCCUGGCAGUUCUCAAAGUCGACAACAAGGUUGUGGCUCAGACCAACUGGGGGCCGGUUAGCAGGCAAGCUUGGAACCAGAGUUUUACCGUCGAUUUGGAGAGGUCUCGGGAGCUGGAGAUCUCAGUCUAUUGGCACGACUGGCGCCAACUCUGCGGGGUGGCAUUUCUGCGCCUGGAUGGCUUCCUGGACAACGCCAGCCACCCCAUGGUGGUUUCCCUCGAACCCCGAGGGACACUCUUCCUAGAGGUGACCUUCAGCCAGCCAGUUGUUGAGACCCACACCAAGCUGCAACGCCAGAAGUGCAUUUUCCCCAAACAAAAAGGGAAAGAGUUCCUCCGCGCUUCUCAGAUGAACGUCAGCAUUGCCACCUGGGGACGUUUGAUGAUGAACCUUCUGCCCCCUUGCAGUUCCUUGAGUGCUUCGAGCCCCCCUUUCCGAGGGUCUCUGCAUCCAGAUGUUGGUUCUGCAGCUGUUGCCGAGGUCAGCCCGGGGCCCUUGGGGUCCAGCACUUCCCCUCCGGGAAAUCAGCCGCCCCCUAAGCCCCCCCGCCUUUUCCUGCCUCUUUCCUGCAAGGAAACCGUUGCCUCUCCAACAGAUCCGGCGGAACGGAAGACUCACCUCCUCCAUGAAAAAACAGGCAAAUUGCAACAGACCAGUAUCAGGAGAACUCCUCUGCGGCUUGAAGACUUCCGUUGUAUGGCGGUGCUUGGUAGGGGCCAUUUUGGAAAGGUCUUGCUCGCCCGUCACAAAGCCACCCAGAACCUCUUUGCCAUCAAAGCCCUGAAGAAGCAGGAGAUAAUUAGCCGGGAUGACCUGGACAGCUUGUAUUGUGAGAAACGUAUUUUUGAAGUCAUCAACUCUUCUGGUCAUCCUUUCCUGGUCAACAUGUUUGCCUGUUUCCAGACUUCGAGUCACGUAUGUUUUCUGAUGGAUUACGCUCCUGGCGGGGACCUUAUGAUGCACAUUAGCUUCAACAAUUUCUCUGAAGAUACCACUCGGUUCUACUCUUCCUGUGUUAUCUUAGGACUUCAGUUCUUACAUGAAAAGACCAUCAUUUACAGAGAUCUGAAAAUGGAUAACUUGCUUCUAGAUUCUGAAGGAUUUGUGAAGAUCGGGGACUUUGGGCUUUGCAAAGAAGGUGUAGGUUUCGGAGACCGGACUAGCACUUUCUGUGGCACCCCAGAAUUCCUGGCUCCAGAAAUUUUGACAGAUCCAUCCUACACCCGGGCAGUGGACUGGUGGGGGCUCGGCGUGCUUAUUUUUGAGAUGCUCGUGGGGGAGUCUCCGUUCCAUGGUGACAACGAAGAGGAGAUGUUUGACAGCAUCAUCAGCGAGGAAAUCCGUUUCCCACACUUCCUCUCCGAGCUCAGCACUUCGCUGUUGCACAAGCUUCUCCAAAAGUGUCCCGAGCGACGCCUUGGAGCAGGAGCGAAUGACGCCGAGGAAGUUAAAAUUCAUCCUUUUUUCAAGGAGAUGAAUUGGGCUGCUCUGUUUGCACGGAAGCUCAAACCACCUUUGGUUCCCACCCUCAAAAGUGCCACUGACGUCAGCAACUUUGACAAGGAGUUUACGUCUCAAAAGCCCGUCCUCACACCUCCCGAUGAGGCCAUCCCUCUCUCGGUGGAGGAACAAGCCCGGUUCAAGGAUUUUGACUUCCUUUCCAAACGCCUCCUGGAUGUCUGAGUUUGGGCCUGAUCCCUGCACUGCUGCUAAAGAUUCUCCCCUCCCCUGCCCCUCAACUGCUGCUCAAGACAACCUUUAACAGAUCAUGGCUUGGGGAAACUGACAUUUCCUAGCAUUAUUUUUGUACAUUUUUUCCAGGCAAAAGUUUUAAUCGUCUUGACUCUGGCCCCAGGGACCAUCCAAGAACUCCCACUAAAUGCUGAAAGGUUGGGGACGGGGCCAGUUUACAGAGAGAGAUUGUAUGCUGGAUAGUUGUGAGUCUUGAAAAGAAAUUGUGACUUUAUUUACAGCCUUCUGGAAGGCUGAUACAGCUGUGCAUGCAGAAAUCAGUCCUGCAGUUUGGGGUUUGCUCUCAAAAUCCAUCAAGUCCCCCAAGAGCUUUUCUGUAGCAUCCGGUGGAUUUAACAAACCAGCUCUCCAUUCAAGGACCAUUUCGGCUGGUCUCCUCCAUCAAGAUAAGACGGAGCAUCCCAAAAGCAGGAUGAGAAUCACAGUUGUGUGUUUGGGAACCUUGCCUCUUCUCCAAUCUCUCCAAGAUGAUUUAUAGUGGGUCCAGAACCCUCCAAGACAAACAAACCUAAUACCAUUUUUAGACGUAUCUGACUGAAACCCAACACUCCGGAUCGUUUUUCCUCUGCAUUUUAUGACAAAAUGUGUUGACUCCGACCAGAUGAAGGCUCUCCAAAAACGUCCUUUCCUUUUGAGAGAUGUAGGGUGUAGCUUGCACUAAAGAGGUCUUUCUCAAGCUUGGCCACUUUUAAGACUUGUGGACCACAACUCCCAGAAUUCCCCCCAGGCUUCUUUGGGGAUUCUGGGAGUU